AUGUCUUCUGUAUCAACCUUACCAUAUAUAGGAAGUAAAAUUUCUUUAAUCUCAAACUCAGAAAUUAGAUAUGAAGGGAUUUUGUAUACGAUAAACACACACGAAUCUACUGUUGCAUUGCAAAAUGUUAGAUCAUAUGGCACAGAAGGUAGAAGACAACCUGAUAUUCCUGCCUCAAAUGAAGUAUAUGAUUUUAUAAUAUUUCGAGGGAAAGAUAUAAAAGAUGUUACAGUAAGUGAAGCCCCUAAAACGAUACCUGAUGAUCCGGCAAUAGUAUCAAUGAAUAUUGCGCCAUCAACGAAAAAUAAUAUAGGAGAUAAUUUAAAUUAUAACAACAAUGUAAACAAUAUUAAUAAACCAUUAAAUGUUCAAAAUAAUAUGAUUCCCCCAAAUGAAAGAAAUAUGAAUUUAAAUAAUAGAAGAUAUUAUAAUAGGCAUAAUUAUAAUUAUUAUAAUGGUAAUAUGAAUCACAAUGCAAACCACAAUAAUAAUCAUAAUAACAAUAGGCAUUAUAAUAAUUUUAAAUAUAAAAACUAUAGAAAUUAUGAUAGACAACCAUAUGUUAUUGGAGAAUUGGAAUCACAGCCAAAUCCGGUUUUAAAAAGUAAAUUUAGUCCAGACUUUGAUUUUAACUCAAAUAAUUUAAAAUUUGACAAAACGAAUAUAAUCGAUGAAAAAGACAAAGACGCAUUAACUGCAAAUAGUAGCAUGCAGGUAGGAGGAUAUGAUAAAAAAUCGAGUUUCUUUGAUAAUAUUAGUUGUGAAACAUUAGACAAACAACAAGGAAAAGAUGAAAAGGUGGACAGAGAAAAAUUAAGGAUGCUUGAUGUUGAUACUUUUGGUAUAGCGGCCGCGCAUUAUAGGACUAAUAUGCAUAAUAGAAAUAAUAACAGAAAUAAAGGGCGAAAUACUAGGAAUAAUAAAAUGAUGGGAAAUUUUAAUUAUAGUUAUUAUAACAGAAACCAAAAUCCAUUUAACAGAUACCCAGCCUAUUAG